AUGGAAAAAGAACUUUUGCAACUUUAAGAAGAAAAUGAACUUAAAAAGGAGGAAGUUGAUAAGGAACUUCUUUUCAAUAUUGAGAAAAAGGUUUAAGAUCUGUCAAAAAGUAUACAGCAACUUACUGAAAAAGAAUAAGUUACAAAGGAGAUACGUAUUAAAAUAGAAGCAAUAAGAGACAUCUGGCAGUAAUCCUGUGGAAAGUUUUCUGAUAUCUCAAGUGAAGUUGACACACUACUCAUUACUAAAAGACAUGUAGAAAGAGUUAUGAGCAUGCUUCAAAACUUCUUGAAUAUUGAGGAAAAGGUAGAGGAACUUAAAGGAAAACUAAAUGAUAAAGAUGAAAUAUUUGAUGUUUAUAAGAAGAUAAAGAUCAUGAACUAUAUGAGAAUAUCUUUUCUAAAAAGAAUUGAGGAGCAGUCAUCAGAUCAGAAAGGCUAAGAGAGACACAGACCUAGCAUUAUAUCUAAGAGGAGAUCUCAUCUAACAAAUGCACAUGAAUUAGCUAAGAAAGAUCCUUCUCUCUUAGUCAAAUUUCUUAGAAUUAUUGAGAAUGAAGAGACAACAAAUCAAUCCCUUAAAGAGAAAUUGGAGGUACUUCAACUCUAUAUAAAAUUGUAUAAUUAAAAGCUAAGAAAGAAAGAAAUGCUUAAAAUCAAGAAAAAAUUUAGGAAGCAUUACCAUUGCAAGAUUCCUUAAAAGAGAAAUGUUUUAGUAGAGAAACUUGAUUCAUUCUUGGUAAAAAUGGAUGAAUUACUAAAUCAAGAUCCAAGCAUCAUACUUUACUUUAAUUCUUUCGUUUAAACCUGCUAGAGUACUCUCACAGAAUUCAAUCACCAAGAUGAAGUCUUCUUUAACCUUUAAUUUAGAUUGGAAGAGUUUUAUCCAAGAUUUAUGGAGCAUGCAGAAGAAAAGUUUUAUGAGAGUAUGUAGCGAAUAUUAGAUGAACAAAAAACUUAGGAAAAUACUUUGAUAGAUCAAGUUUAAAUGAAAAAGAAAAAGUAAGUCAAAUAUGAAACUACCUUCAACUCAGACAUUUAUGAAUUCAUGGAUACCUAGCUUGAUGUCAUUUAGUAAUCACUUAAAGGUGAAAAACUAUUUGAAUUCAUGAAGAGAAUGCUAGAUGUGCUAGUGAGUCUAGUAUAACACAUUGUUGAGAAAAGCUUAAAUUUUGAACCGAAAAAGAAAAGUGAACUUAUGACUUUGAUCAUAAGAAUGAACGAUUUAACAAAGGUAAUGAAUGAUUUCGAGAAAUUCAAAGACAGAUGUGUAAAAGUAGUAGGUGAUUAAUUGAGAGAUAGAGUUGAGAAUGUAUUCGAUGACUAUUUUCGCGAACUAAUUGCUCACACUAACCAAAUAACAGAAGUUGUAGCACUAUUCAUUAUAAAGUCAGAAAUUGAAUAGGAUUACUUGAUUAACUUUUUUACUAAUGAGUGGAAGGAAAACUCUAGUGAUCUUAUGGAGGAAAUUCUUUAAUGCGCUCAUGGAUAUCUUAAUGAAGUUUAAAAAAUGACAUUAGAGGAAAGAUUUGCUAGUAAAGUUGCUGAGUCUCUUUUUAGCUUGCUGAUAGAUGCAUAUAUUGAAAGAUUUAUAAUUGCUGUGAAUUAACGAUUCAAAUUGAAACUACCUAUUGAAAAAGCAUUAUUAGACUUUAUUUACACUAACUCUAAGCUAAAGAAAAAGAAUAAAGACAAAAUCAUUCACACAAAGGAUAUUUUAGACUUUAAACUUAAAGACGUCGAUGAUAUCCUAUUUGAGUGUGUCUAAGGAGAUAUAAAACAAUUUGAGAUAUUCAGAGAAAACUACAAAGAGGACAUUAUGUAGAAUAAGUUUGUAAAGAAGAUUUAAUUUCUAUCAGUUAUUUCACUUAUGAUAAACUCUUAGGAUGAAAAGGAAUUUAUGGAUUAUGAGGAGUAGUUCUGGAAUAUGAAUGGCUCAGAGAUAAGCCUUAGUACUUCUUACAUAGAAGGUUCUCAUCUUGUCCGUUGCUGUAGAAAACUUAAAACUAGGAAGUAAAAAGGAUUCUUCAAGGAAACAAAAGCCAAGGAAAGAAAAGAAAUGAAGAAGCUAAAAAAACUACAGAAAAAGUAAAAAAAAGAGGACAAAAAGGUAAAGAAAUUGGACAACAAGAAACCAAAAUCUGAUAUGCUCCAAGACUCCAUGAUAUAAUGA